AUGGAUUUGGGUGGUCGUGCUAAUGGACUGGAGAUGGAAUUAUUGAACCAGUCCAACUACAAGGUAUGGAAGAGUUGUAUGGAGUCAUACCUUGUAGGUGAGGAUUUGUGGGAAGUUGUCAAUGAGAGCAACACAAGUCCUCUUGCUGACGCACCGAAAAAUAGCAAUGCACGUAAGAAGUGGAAGCAGAUUAAUGCUAAGACGGAGUUUGUCCUAAAGAGGUCCAUCUCUCCUAAUUUAUUUGAUCAUAUUAUAAGGUGUAAAUCAGCUCAUGAAAUAUGGAGGACCUUCGAUCGGCUGUUCAACAAGAAGGAUGAAGCUCGGCUACAGAUUUUGGAGAAUGAGUUAGCUAACACCACUCAAGGUAAUCUCUCGAUCGCUGAGUAUUUUUUGAAGGUUAAAAAUCUGUGUUCUGAAUUUUCUCUAUUGAAUCCGGACGAGGCUAUCUCUGAAGCACGAAUAAGAAGAAUUAUUAUUCGUGGCUUAAAGCCAGAAUACAUUCCCUUUGUUACUUCGAUUCAAGGAUGGGUUCAACAACCAUCUUUGGAAGAAUUUGAGAAUUUUCUAUCGUCACAAGAGCUAUUAGCCAAACAGAUGGUUGAUGUAUCUAUCAAAGAAGGGGAAGGAAAUGUUCUAGUUGUCGAUAAGAGGAACUUUAAAGGGAAAUCAAGAGAUAGCAUGCACUUUCAAUCCUCAAGUGGUUCGAGCUCGCCAGGAAAGAAGGGGGAGUCUUCCAGCAACGGUAAAAAGCCUUUAAAAUAUUACCGUUGUGGAAAAGUCGGGCACAUAAAAAGAUAUUGUCGAGCCAAAGAGUGCAAUAUAGCUCAAAUCAAGAAAGUUGUUGAAGAAGAAGAAAAAGAAGAAGACUGGGGAAAGUGCUUCACAGCAGAGACUCGAGCAAUAAAUGCCAUGGCUUCCAUAAAUUUUGAAAGAAACUGGAUUGUGGAUUUAGGAUGUGGGCACCAUCUCACUAGAGAUCAAUCCAAAUUCUCCACCUUUCGCGAAUACAACGGCCAUGAUGUCAUUGUUACAGCAGAUAAUACAGUAAGGUACUGUUGUGAUCAACGAGAAGCAAAAAGGCACUAUCACCCUCAACAGUGUCUUUCACAUUCCAGCCCACGUGAUGUGAAGUUCCUCGAAAUAUCAAGGUACUCAAGACAGAUAUCGUUCACUCAGCACAAGUCAGAAGUUUUCAGUAAGUUUGUGGAGUUCAAAGAAACUGUUAAAGGUGAACUAGAUUCCAGAAUAAGGCGGCUACGAACUGAUAAUGGCGGUGAGUUUAUAUCAGAUAAGUUUCUUUCCUUUUGUCGUCAGCAUGCCAUUAAAAGAGAUCUGACAUGCACUGAUACGCCACAACAAAAUGGAGUGGCUGAAAGGAAGAUCCUACACUUAACUGAGACAUGUAAGAGUUGGCUUCAUGCCAAGAAUUUUACUAAAGCCUUGUGGGCUGAAGGUAUGAAAUGUGCAGUGUACGUGAUUAACAAGAUGCCGCUUUCUCAAAAUAAUAUGAAGUUUCCCUAUGAAUUAAUGUUUGGAGAAAAGCCUAGCGUGAAGCACCUCAGGGUUUUUGGUUCUAUUUGUUAUGUUCACAUUUCGGAUUCUCAACGGAGCAAGUUAGAUGCCAAGGCAAGGAAAUGCAUCUUUGUCGGAUAUGAUGAAAGGAAAAAGGGAUGA